AGUACUCCUUUAAUAUAAACUCUCCAACCUAAAACAAUAUUUAUUUCUAAACUAUUUACCAAUAGCGAAUUUCACUGGAAUAAUGUCUUCAAGUUCAACAUGGGAGCCAACAGCAGCACAUCCAAACCCACCAAAAUAUCAUUCUAUCCCGAACGUCGACAUUAUAUACCAUAAUAUGCACGCUGCGUCUGACUUCCGUACGCUGCGUGCAGCGGGCGAUGGCACUGUGGAGGAGGAGCUGAUAAAGGCAGCGAACUACGUCAAGAAUGGAUGCUUUAAGAUAGUAAGCAUUAGCGCUAGCAAGAAUUCAUUUGUACUUGUUUGCUCGACGCCAUUAUCCAGCAAAGAACUUAAGGAGAAGGGAUUCUGGAGCUCUGUAUAUAGUGAAGAUAGUAGUAAGGCAAAGGGCAUACAAGAAUCCUCACCGGACGGCACGACUCUGAUGUCAAAAUAACCUCGAUAAAUAUUCACGUGCCUAAGGGCCUUGUGGAUGACGAGGCUGGCUCUGGGGCGCUGGGUGACUAUAGCAUGGACGGCGCUAAGAGAUAUCACAUGGUCGAGGAGGUUGAACACGAAGAGAUCGGGGUAGUAAGAUAGCCGAAAAACAGCUUCACCAAGACCAAAUACGCAGCUGAGAGGGUAGUAAAAGGUCUUUUAAAGUCCAUUUAGGAUAAAAGUUCUAAAGGCUGCAUGUCAUUUGGAUAUUUGAUCUGUAGGCCAGUAGGCGCUGAAGACGGAUGAUGUAUUGACUUGGUGGUCGAUCUAUUGCUUCCACCAGGCCACGUUAUAGCCCAAUAUAUUAUCACCAUC